GGACUGGUAAUAAUGUCAUUAGUGGUGUAUUCAAUACUUUGUUCAAACAAUCGAACAGUCACAAGAAUGGUGAAACUCCAACAAACGAGAGGCUAACCAACAAAGAGGAAGAAAACCCAGACAAUGAUGACGAUAUUGAUACUGAUUUACCAUGGAGUUGGGACCCCUUUGUUGAUGAGGAUCCACGGAAUGGAAAUGAAAAACCGAAAUAUGAAGACGCGACAACGACUACAACACCUCGAAUGAGUACACGAUAUACUUGGAAUUGGUCUCAGUGGAAACGGCCAAGUGACAGCAAAGACUCUAUUGAAAAUGAAACUCCACAAGGAAUGUUCAAUGGUGGUUUAGUUGGUAUUGAAGAAAAAACUCCAAUUCGAGAAAAGAUACCCGAAAGACAAGAACAGUUACUUGAAGAUGGCAAUAAUAUACUAUCUGGUGAUUCAAAUGAUAAAAUAGAUGCAGGAAGUUCAAAUGAGGAUCGGUUUGCAAACAAACCAGAAGAAUUACCUGAAGACGACAGCGAAUCGAAUGAUGAUUUGCCUUGGAGUUGGGACCCAUUUGUAGACGAGGAUCCGAGGAAGAAACAGUCAAGUGAGACUGAAGGCUCUAUUGAAACUGAACAAUCACCAAGAACAAGGAAUACAAUAUCAGAGGAAAGGGGAAAUAUUGGUGAUUGGCCCGACACUAAUGUCAUUAACAGCGUAUUCAAUAGUUUAUUCAAAUCAAGUGAUUCAAAGAAUGAGAAUGAUAGAGUCGACGAAUCAGUACAUACUAACCAGGAACAGUUAAAAGGUAGUGAGACUUACAAUUCGGACGAUGCUUCAAACGAAAAAAUCAAUAAUAUGAAUGAUUUUAAUGAAUUUUCACCCAAUACAAAUGGCUGGCUACUUUACGAUGACAAUGCUACCUCAUCCAAUGGAAAAGAAAUUGAUUCAACUGGUAUUAGCCCUACGACUGAAAACAUAAACUCUGACAUAAUCUCCGAAAAUUCAAUGGAUCACUCAACGACUAAAACAAAUGUAAUUGAUGAACAGUUCGAUGGCAAACAAAAUGAAGACAGUCUAUUUAACAAUAUAAUUAAAAGUAUUUUUCAAACAGAUAUUUCAAAAUAUCGCAACAUACAAAAUAAAACUAACCAUGCUACUGAUGCCAAAACAAACAAUGAAAAUCAGAAAAGUAGCACCGAAAGAUAUAUCACCGUCGAGGAAGACCAAACUUCAACUAAUGUCAACCUUGGACACGUCAUCUCGCAAACCACUCUAACAGGUAAUAUCCUGACAACAAACUCGGAGAAUAAAGAUAUAUCAAAUGAGAACGACCAAAUGCAUAAUAAAGCCAAUGAUCACAAAACCAAUAUAAUAUCUGAAACUGAUGAAAU